AUGGACUCACUCGUGCUCAGUGGGCGGCUGCCGGUCAGAUUGGUGGCUGUGCUGAUCCUGGGAGGCCUGCAUGUUUGGGGUCUGAGGGCUGUUGCUCGGUGUUGGAUGACCUCAGCUCUUCUCCAUGUAGCAGGGAUCCAGGAGAAAAUGUGGAAGCGUUCAAGGAUUCUUAAGGCUCAGGCUCAGAACUAUAAUUUCUGCCACAUUCUUUUGGCCAACACAAGUUACAAGGUCAGCCCAGAUCCUCAGAGGAGCUGCAAAGUCACAAUGCAAAAGAUGUGCAUACAGGGAGGGGUGGGAAAUUCAGGCAUUUUUUGCAAUUGA